AUGAAACUAUUUAAGAACACUGGUGAAAGUGUCAGACAGGCAGAAUAUGCAAGCAUCAUUGGCAGUCUUAGGUAUGCCACUGAUUGUACCAGACCAGACAUUGCAUAUGUCGUAGGAUUGUUGUGUAGGUUUACGAGUAGACCGAGUAAUGAGCAUUGGCGAGCUAUUGAGCGAGUCAUGCGGUACCUUAAAAAGACAAAGAACCUCGGUCUACAUUAUCAUAGAUUUCCUGCAGUACUUGAAGGAUACAGUGAUGCAGAUUGGAAUACCUUAUCAGAUGAUUCUAAAGCUACUAAUGGCUAUGUAUUCAACAUAGCCGUUGGAGCUGUAACUUGGAAAUCAAAGAAACAGACUAUCCUGGCUAAGUCCACGAUGGAUUCUGAAAUGAUAGCAUUAGCAAAUGCUAGUGAAGAAGCAAAUUUAGCUAUGGAAAUUUGCAGAAAAUCGCAGCAAGACGGUCGCGAAUCCAAGGCAAAAUCGUAG